GCGAGUUGCGGCUGUCCUGCGCAGCUGCGCGUGUGACGCUGGGGUGCGCGGCCUCUGAGCAGAGCCCCCAACCUCACAAAUGAGAAGAGACGUCCCUGAAAGGCAUUUAGAGAUCUCUCUCCUCUGGUGGAUCUGGAGCCGUGGAGGAUGGAGCCCUUGGACCAGAGAAGAACUGACUCUGAUCAAGAGGAGGGCUUUGGGGUGCAGUCCCGGAGGGCCACUGAUCUGGGCAUGGUCCCCAAUCUCCGACGAAGCAAUAGCAGUCUUUGCAAGAGCAGGAGGCUUCUGUGCUCCUUCAGCAGUGAGAAGCAAGAAAAUCUUAGCUCAUGGAUUCCCGAGAACAUCAAGAAGAAGGAAUGUGUGUAUUUCGUGGAAAGUUCCAAGCUCUCGGAUGCAGGGAAGGUAGUGUGUGAGUGUGGUUACACCCAUGAGCAGCACAUGGAAGUGGCCAUCAAGCCUCACACCUUCCAGGGCAAGGAGUGGGACCCAAAGAAACACGUCCACGAGAUGCCUACAGAUGCCUUUGGUGACAUUGUCUUCACCGGCCUGAGCCAGAAAGUGGGGAAGUAUGUCCGACUCUCCCAGGACACGUCAUCCAUUGUCAUCUACCAGCUCAUGACACAGCACUGGGGCCUGGAUGUCCCCAGCCUCCUCAUCUCUGUGACCGGUGGGGCCAAGAACUUCAACAUGAAGCUGAGGUUGAAGAGCAUCUUCCGGAGAGGCCUGGUUAAGGUGGCCCAAACCACGGGGGCCUGGAUCAUCACUGGGGGGUCCCACACCGGUGUGAUGAAGCAGGUGGGCGAGGCGGUACGGGACUUCAGCCUAAGCAGCAGCUGCAAAGAAGGUGACGUCAUCACCAUUGGCAUAGCCACGUGGGGCACCAUCCACAACCGUGAGGCACUGAUCCAUCCCAUGGGAGGCUUCCCUGCUGAGUACAUGCUGGAUGAGGAAGGCCAAGGGAACCUGACCUGCCUGGACAGCAACCACUCCCACUUCAUCCUGGUGGAUGAUGGGACCCACGGGCAGUAUGGUGUGGAGAUUCCGCUGAGGACUAAGCUGGAGAAGUUCAUAUCGGAGCAAACGAAGGAAAGAGGGGGUGUGGCCAUUAAGAUCCCCAUUGUCUGCGUGGUGUUGGAGGGUGGCCCUGGCACUCUGCAUACCAUCUACAACGCCAUCACCAAUGGCACACCCUGCGUGAUAGUGGAGGGCUCCGGCCGAGUGGCUGACGUCAUCGCUCAGGUGGCCGCUCUGCCCGUCUCUGAGAUCACCAUCUCCCUGAUCCAGCAGAAGCUCAGCGUCUUCUUCCAGGAGAUGUUUGAGACUUUCACUGAAAACCAGAUCGUGGAAUGGACCAAAAAAAUCCAAGAUAUUGUCAGGAGGCGGCAGCUGCUGACGGUCUUCCGGGAAGGCAAGGAUGGUCAGCAGGAUGUGGAUGUUGCCAUUCUGCAAGCUUUACUGAAAGCCUCUCGAAGCCAAGAUCACUUCGGCCACGAGAACUGGGACCAUCAGCUGAAGCUGGCCGUGGCCUGGAACCGUGUGGACAUCGCCCGCAGUGAGAUCUUCACUGAUGAGUGGCAGUGGAAGCCUUCAGACCUGCAUCCCAUGAUGACGGCCGCCCUCAUCUCCAACAAGCCUGAGUUCGUGAGGCUCUUUCUGGAGAACGGGGUGCGGCUGAAGGAGUUUGUCACCUGGGAUACUCUGCUCUGCCUCUACGAGAACCUGGAGCCAUCUUGCCUUUUCCACAGCAAGCUGCAGAAGGUGCUGGCAGAAGAGCAUGAACGCUUAGCCUAUGCAUCUGAAACACCUCGGCUGCAAAUGCACCACGUGGCCCAGGUGCUGCGUGAGCUCCUCGGAGACUCCACACAGCUGCUGUAUCCCCGGCCCCGGUACACUGACCGGCCACGGCUCUCGCUGCCCAUGCCACACAUCAAACUCAACGUGCAGGGAGUGAGCCUCCGGUCCCUCUAUAAGCGAUCAACAGGCCACGUUACCUUCACCAUUGACCCAGUCCGCGACCUUCUCAUUUGGGCCAUCAUCCAGAACCACAGGGAGCUGGCGGGCAUCAUCUGGGCUCAGAGCCAGGACUGCACAGCGGCCGCACUGGCCUGCAGCAAAAUCCUGAAGGAGCUGUCCAAGGAGGAGGAAGAUACAGACAGCUCUGAGGAGAUGCUGGCACUCGCAGAUGAGUUUGAGCACAGAGCUAUUGGUGUCUUCACCGAGUGCUACAGAAAGGAUGAGGAGAGAGCCCAGAAGCUGCUUGUCCGUGUGUCCGAGGCCUGGGGGAAGACCACCUGCCUGCAGCUGGCCCUCGAGGCCAAGGACAUGAAAUUCGUGUCUCACGGAGGGAUCCAGGCUUUCCUAACGAAGGUGUGGUGGGGUCAGCUCUGCGUGGACAAUGGCCUGUGGAGGAUCAUCCUGUGCAUGCUGGCCUUCCCUUUGCUCUUCACCGGCUUCAUCUCCUUCAGGGAAAAGAGGCUGCAGGCCCUGUGCCGCCCGGCCCGCGUCCGCGCCUUCUUCAACGCGCCGGUGGUCAUCUUCCACCUCAAUAUUCUCUCCUACUUUGCCUUCCUCUGCCUGUUUGCCUACGUGCUCAUGGUGGACUUCCAGCCCUCACCAUCCUGGUGCGAGUACCUCAUCUACCUGUGGCUCUUCUCCCUGGUGUGCGAGGAGACACGGCAGCUAUUCUACGAUCCUGAUGGCUGCGGGCUCAUGAAGAUGGCGUCCCUGUACUUCAGUGACUUCUGGAACAAACUGGACGUUGGAGCCAUUCUGCUCUUUAUAGCAGGACUGACGUGCCGGCUCAUCCCAGCGACGCUGUACCCUGGGCGCAUCAUCCUGUCUUUGGACUUCAUCAUGUUCUGUCUCCGCCUCAUGCACAUCUUCACCAUUAGCAAGACACUGGGGCCCAAGAUAAUCAUCGUGAAGCGGAUGAUGAAGGACGUCUUCUUCUUCCUCUUUCUCCUGGCGGUGUGGGUGGUGUCCUUCGGAGUGGCCAAGCAGGCCAUCCUCAUCCACAACGAGAGCCGCGUGGACUGGAUCUUCCGUGGAGUUAUCUAUCACUCUUACCUUACCAUCUUCGGGCAGAUCCCGACCUACAUUGACGGCGUGAAUUUCAGCAUGGACCAGUGCAGCCCCAAUGGCACGGACCCCUACAAACCCAAGUGUCCUGAGAGCGACUGGACAGGGCAGGCGCCCGCCUUCCCCGAGUGGCUGACGGUCACCCUUCUCUGCCUCUACCUGCUCUUCGCCAACAUCCUGCUGCUUAAUUUGCUCAUCGCCAUGUUCAACUACACAUUCCAGGAGGUGCAGGAGCACACAGACCAGAUCUGGAAGUUCCAGCGCCACGACCUGAUUGAGGAGUACCACGGCCGGCCCCCGGCCCCUCCCCCACUCAUCCUCCUCAGCCACCUGCAGCUCCUGAUCAAGAGGAUUGUCCUGAAGAUCCCUGCCAAGAGGCACAAGCAGCUCAAGAACAAGCUGGAGAAGAAUGAGGAGGCAGCCCUCCUGUCCUGGGAGCUCUACCUGAAGGAGAAUUACCUGCAGAACCAGCAGUACCAGCACAAACAGCGGCCAGAGCAGAAGAUCCAGGACAUCAGUGAGAAAGUGGACACCAUGGUGGAUCUGCUGGACAUGGACCGUGUGAAGAGAUCAGGCUCCACGGAGCAGAGGCUGGCCUCCCUUGAGGAACAGGUGACUCAGAUGGGCAGAUCUUUGCACUGGAUCGUGACGACCCUGAAGGACAGUGGCUUUGGCUCAGGGGCCGGUGCACUGACCCUGGCAGCCCAAAGGGCCUUCGACGAGCCAGAUGCUGAGCUGAGUCUCAGGAAGAAAGGAGAGGAGGGAGGAGAUGGCUAUCAUGUGAGCGCCCGGCACCUCCUCUACCCCGAUGCCCGCAUCAUGCGCUUCCCCGUGCCUAAUGAGAAGGUGCCUUGGGAGGCGGAGUUUCUGAUCUACGACCCUCCAUUUUACACAGCUGAGAAGAAGGAUGCGACUCUCACGGACCCUGUGGGAGACACUGCAGAACCUCUGUCUAAGAUCAAUUACAACGUCGUGGACGGACUGACGGACCGUUGCAGCUUCCAUGGGACCUAUGUGGUCCAGUAUGGGUUCCCUUUGAACCCUAUGGGCCGCACCGGGUUGCGUGGUCGUGGGAGCCUCAGCUGGUUUGGUCCCAACCACACUCUGCAGCCAGUUGUUACCCGGUGGAAGAGGAACCAGGGUGGAGGCAUCUGCCGGAAGAGCGUCAGGAAGAUGUUGGAGGUGCUGGUCAUGAAGUUGCCUCAAUCCGAGCACUGGGCCCUGCCUGGGGGCUCUCGGGAGCCAGGGGAGAUGCUACCACGGAAGCUGAAACAGGUCCUCCAGCAGGAGUACUGGGUGACCUUUGAGACCUUGCUAAGGCAAGGUACAGAGGUGUACAAAGGAUACGUGGAUGACCCAAGGAACACGGACAAUGCCUGGAUCGAGACGGUGGCUGUCAGCAUCCAUUUCCAGGACCAGAAUGAUGUGGAGCUGAAGAGGUUGGAAGAGAACCUGCACACUCAUGAUCCAAAGGAGUCGGCCCGUGGCUUGGAGUUGUCUACUGAAUGGCAGGUUGUAGACCGGCGGAUCCCUCUGUAUGUGAACCACAAGACCAUCCUCCAAAGGGUGGCCUCGCUGUUUGGCGCUCACUUCUGACCGUGGGUUCUUGUGGAAGCUCCAGGGGAAGGGGUGAUCAUCCAUCAAUGACCUCCCCCCCCCAAGACUUGGACUGGGUGGCAGGUUGGGGUACUGGGUUGGGCUGGUAGGUUGUAGGGCUGGGUUGGGUGACCACAGGGAUCUUAAUCAGUCCCCAGAGGUACUGUCCUGAAAGCCACCUCUGCCACAACAGGAGGGUCACAGCAUGAGGACAGAGUAUUCAGUGGCUCCUGAAAUCUAUGUCCUCAAGUGCCAUGGCUUGACUAGGGUUUACGGGGCCCUGACCAGCACGAUGCUGCCACCACUCAUAGACCUGGUUGGAAGUGCUACCUCUAGGACAGGUGUUUUCCCUCGGAGGGACCUCUGUCCUCAUCAUGGGAGCCUUCUGUCCUAGGCAUAAGGUAGACAGAGGCUAUGCCUCCUUCAGGAAGAGACGCUGCUCUCAUAAUUCCCGGUCAGUGCUGAGUCACAGGCACCGAGGAAGGCAGUGAGGACUUUGAGCUGGGAUCACUGUCAUCUCUAGACUUUAGAAGGGCUCCUCUGAGGACACUCGGGCAGGAGCACACCCUCCCUCAGCUCCAGCGCCAGCUCUGCUGGUCACAGAAAGCACUGGAAGAGGACAACAGGGUCCCAUGUCACUGCUUCUAGAGAAAUGUACAAUUGUGAACAAUAGGCUUUCUCUCACAGGGUAGGUGACGGGGUAGGUGACUCAAGGAUUGGUACUGGCUAGGAGAUCAACUCUGUAGCGGGGCAGGGAGUUUUGGGGGAACGGGCAAUGUCCGGGUUUAAUGGGAUGGGGACAAUAAAGAAUGUGUAUGAUCAAUCCA